CAGUGUCUAGCUUUGCUUGUGGACACAACAAGUUGAAAUUAAGUUCCAGUGACAAUGGGUUUGGAUAAACGUACUAUUAAAAUUAUUGUCAUCGUUUCUGUCACCGUUCUUGUGAUUGGUGGCAUCAUUGGUUUACUCCUUGGUCUUUUGUUACCGUAUCGUUAUGUUGAACUCGAAGUGUGGCCGCGAUCAGACGAUUAUAACUAUGAGCAGCCUCUGAUUCACUUCCGUGUUAGCGAUUCGGGAACCUGGCAUCCAUGGUACAGGAAGCUUAACGAUUUCCUGAAGGCAUACGAAACAACGGUCCCCGAAGAACCCCCACGCGCACCGUGCUCAGUGCGUCAUCAGGAACAUCGUCUACCCGUGCCGAGCUGUGAGCGCGCUCUGAGCAUGUGGGCACCUUGCAAUGUUGACAAUUUCUACGGCUACAGGGAUGGCAGGCCAUGUGUAUUCCUUAGAUUAAGUCACGUUCACUACUGGGUGCCCGAGCCCUACAACGUAUCUAUGCCCUUGUCUAUACCUCCAGAUAUGCCCAAUAAUAUUAGGAAAGCAAUGCACUUGUUCCCUGCCCACCAAUACGGUGAUUACAUCUGGGUUUCCUGUAAAGGAGAGUUUGCUGCUGAUGAGGAGAAUAUCGGUCCGAUCCAGUACAUCCCCGCUAACUUGCCCCCUGGCUUCCCUACCAGCCGCCUGCGCACAGCUGACCGGAUCCCACGCUCAGACCGCUCGCUCCCUGAUCAGAUCUCUGGACCUCUCAUCGCUGUGGUCUUUGAGAAUCCUCACCGCGGCGUGGUGAUCAACGUGGAGUGUCGCAUUUGGUCACGUGACAUUGCGUAUGACCACAAUAGUCGGGUGGGACGCGCGCGCUUCGAACUGUACAUCGAAUAA